AUGUCUACGCGAGCAAGAUGUGAGGGCACGGAAUGGGUUGGCUGCACAUUCGAAAUUUUCGACACUCCCGACAACAAAUCCUUCCCAUGGUCCGUGACCCGUCCAUGUAUGCUGUAUGCACGAAUACACCACGAAUGCAUCUCGUCGCUGGAUCAAGUGGCAACUCGGCUCGACCAUGUCGUCCAGGCUAGCGAACAGACUGCCCAUGUCACCAGGUCCCCACCAACUACGAGCAAAAGUCCCCGUUGCCUAUCUCGACGGAUCACGCAGAGCUUUGCUUUGCCUGUCAAUCAGAAAUUCAACUGCAUACCCUGUCUUGAUGCUCGACUUGGCAUCAUUGUCCUUGAGCAAGGGCAGCUUGCAGUCGCAGACCAUGUCCAAAGAAAGUACGUUCUAUGGUAUGGUCAAAAACAAAAAAUGUGCAGCAGACGAGAGGUCCCAUAUGGUUUCCCAAGUUGCCGUCACCUUACGCUGAAUCCUCAUGCCUUCGAAAUACCCAAAAUUUUGUGA